ACACGUGUGACGGUCGUGUCUCGGAGAAGCUCGUUUCUGGUAUGCAGGUUUCUGAGAGGUUUUCCUGAACAGUUCGUUGUGUCCAUGAAGAGAGGCAACUCGUUUUGGGAGCCGCCGCUCAAGGAGUGAUACCUGUCGCUCCUCAACCAUGAGUCGAACGGCUUUGAUAUUCGAUGAUCGCAUGGAUCAGCAUCGCUGUCCAUGGGACUCGACACAUCCUGAGAGUCCAGACAGAUUCACCGAGAGCAUGAAACGGAUCCGCGAGUACGGCCUAGUGGAAAGGUGCAAAGUCCUCAACCCUCGAGACGCUACCGAUGAUGAACUGCGAGCGAUACACUCGAAGAAGCUCAUAGACAACUUGCGAGAGCUGAAGGGCUGCAAGGAUUCCGAGAAGAUGGAGCAAUUCUGCUCGAAAUUCGACUCCGUCUACGCCAACGAGCACACGGUGGACCUUGCGCUAUCGGCAGCGGGUUGCACGAUCGAUCUCAUGAAGGAGGUUGUCAAUAGACGCGUCGACAACGGUAUGGCCAUCAUCCGACCUCCCGGACACCACGCGAUGGAAGGAGAGCAUUGCGGUUAUUGUUUAUUCAACAAUGUUGCCAUCGCCGCCAAGUACGCCGUGGAGCACAUGGGAUUGGAAAGGGUCCUAAUCGUCGACUGGGAUGUGCACCACGGCCAAGCUAGCCAGUUCUCCUUCUAUGACGAUCCUCGAGUUUUGUAUUUCUCGGUGCAUCGUUACGAGCAUGGAUCCUUCUGGCCAGAACUCCGAGAAUCGAAUUUCGAUUUCAUCGGCUCGGGUCGCGGAACCGGUUUCAACGUCAACGUCCCAUUAAACAAAGUCGGAGUGGAAAACUGGGAUUACCUAAACAUCUUCGGUCAUAUAUUGCUUCCCAUGACUGCCGAAUUCAGACCUCAGCUCAUCUUGGUCUCGAGCGGAUUCGACGCUUCAUUGGGUGACCUCGAGGGUGAAAUGCGUUUGACGCCUGCUAUGUACGCUCAUAUGACCCAUCUUUUACGGCCGUACGCACCGUUGUGUGUCGUUCUCGAGGGAGGUUAUUGCAUUCCUGCCCUAGCGGAAGGGGUCGCGCUCGUACUGAAGACUUUGUUGAAUGAUCCCUGCCCUAGAAUGCACAAUUAUGAGGAGGCGAUCUAUCUGCCGUGUCCGAUAAUGACCGAAACGAUCAAGAACGUUAUCGCGGCCUUGAAACCGCAUUGGAAAUGCUUCAUCCAGGAAACGUCUGCCGCUGAAGCUCUGCCGCAAAUAAAGUAUCUCGGUACCCUCGGUCGUAGCAAGCCUGAUACCUACCCUACCAAAGAUUACUACCCGAAGCAGUCUCCCGCGGAAAAAGAAGCAUUUGCCGAAGCACUCCAGCGGUUGAGAGAGAGGACCGACUUGAUUAAAGCUCGGGAACCCUUUGUUGAAUCCAGUGCUCUCGAGGACUUUCGAGACCGAAGCUGUGUGAAGAGUCAUCGCUUCGUCCGAGUGAAGUCCUUGGCAGAGGCCAAGGAGCUCGCUAGGGGACCGACUUUCCUGCUGAAUUUCGUAGAUAAUUAUUCGCCAACAUUCCAAGAGGCUGUAUACAUGCUGGUCAUCUAUGUCAAGAAGCUUUAUCUGGAAACUGAGCAUGAUGCGAUCGUUUCCAUGUUUUCCGUGAUCAUGCCGCUGUUUUUUAAGGUUUAUCCUGAUUGGGUUAUUCUGCACGUCGACAAGCAAGAGCUCACUCCAGCUUUGAAAAUGUUGUACGCACUGUGUUGUGAGCACUUUUCUUGGGAAGGUGGACUAAUUCUCGUUGAAGGGGAACCGGCACAGUUCUCUUACCCGAAGGAACAAUUCACCUACAGUAAAACCACCGUUUUGCGCAACAUACAGGAAGCUUGUCACUCUCUGAAGUUUGAAGUCAAUAGCUGCACGAUGAGUGACACGGGUCUGAUAUACGACGAGUUUCUGGCGAAACAUUCUUGCUCAUGGGAUCCCCAACAUCCCGAGAGCGCUGAAAGGUACACCAAAUGUAUUGAGAGCAUCAAGAACCAUAGGUUGAUCGAGCGUUGCACUGUUCUCGAGCCGCGCGACGCUACAUUGACGGAGCUCCGCUUGUUGCAUUCCGGGCAGCUGUUAGAAGCCUUUGAGGCUACCAAACAUACUUCGGACCCCGAGGAUCAUAAAAAAUUCUGCUCCGCGUUUGAUGCUGUUUUCACGGACGAGCACAGUUAUGAUGUCGCUGUGCGCGCGGCGGGGUGCGCGAUCGAGCUCACGGAUCGGAUCAUAGCAGAAAAGCUCACGAAUGGUUUAGCUCUGAUUCGUCCUCCGGGUCAUCAUUCGUCCAAAGCGGAGUUCAGCAAAUUCGGCCUCUUCAACAACGUCGCUCUCGCCGCCAGACACGCGGUGUACGUACGCCAGCUCACAAGGGUUCUCAUCGUCGACUGGGACAUCGAUCACGGACACGGCACGCAAUACACCUUCUGUAACGAUCCGCGUGUCUUAUAUUUUUCGAUACAUCGUUACGAGCACGGAUCGUUUUGGCCACAGCUCCGAGCGUCGAAUUUCGACGAAAUCGGCAGGGACACGGCCAAAGGGUACACCAUCAAUGUCCCGUUGAACAAAGUUGGUCUGGAGAACUGGGACUACUUGCCGAUUUUCCAUCAGCUGCUCAUGCCAAUAGCCAUGGAGUUCAAGCCAGAGCUCAUACUGGUUUCUUGUGGCUUCGGGGCCGCGCUGGGUGACCCCGAGGGUGGAAUGCGACUCACUCCUGCGAUGUUCGCGCACAUGACGCGUAUGCUGCAGGGUUUCGGCCCCCUCUGCAUGAUCAUGGAAGGCGGUUACUGUAUACCCGCCGUGGCCGAAAGCGUCGCUCUCAUCCUGCGGGCUCUGCUAAAUGAUCCAGUUCCUAGGAUGAUCAACAACCGCCGGAAGUCAAGGAACGUGGACCCGAGCGUAUUGGAAAGCAUCGCAAAUGUGAUCACCGUCAUGAAGCCCUACUGGACGUGCCUCCGAUACUGCAAAUCGGUGGAGGACGUGAAAUCGAGAGUUCAGUAUUUGGGUCAAAGAAUCAACGAAGGCGCUGGAUUGGACGCCCUUUACGAAUGGCCGAGCUUCGAAGUAGACGAGAAACUCCUCGAGGAGCUCGAGACUUUGAAGAAGAGGACCGAUAUCAUUACUGCGGGCUCUAAAUUCAGAUUAAUCGGCCCGAAAGAGGAUGUGAAACUCAUUCGAGGCUUCAACCCGAAGGAGCAUCGUUUCAUCCAAGUGAAUUCCUUGAAGGAAGCGCGAAGUCUCGUCUCGGGCUCGGUCCUGCUCGUGAAUUUCCGAGAUAUCAAAUCUACUGCUUUCGAAGAAUCGGGAUCAACCAUAAUCAUCAACGCGAGGAAGCUAGGUCUGCGCACAGAGCAUGAUGCGGUGAUAUCGAUGUACUCACUGGUCCUGCCUGUUUAUUAUAAGGUCUACCCGGACUCGGUUAUAGUGCUCGGAUUCCCAGGGAACAACGGGUCGUCUCUUAGCAUGUUACACGCUCUAUGCUGUGCUCACCUGUCGUGCGAAGGAGGUCUGAUUUUAUGUGAUUCAGCACCUGCAUUUGUCUUCUUCCCUGACCACAAACCCCAAUACCAGGAAUGGCUCGCCGCAUACAACUUGGGAGAAGCAGCUCGGGUUUUCGAGCUAGACAUCAAUCAAUUCGUCGGUAAGUGA